UAAAGUAGGUUACGAGAAAGUAGACUUUUUCAGAUAAACGCCUGCCGUUGUGGAUUCAGUCAUUGUCGGUUAAAUCGCGUCGCGAGUUGGUGUCCGCACGUCAGUUUCGACUCAAUCCAAUUAAACUACCAUUGAUAUUCUUCAGAAGAUAAUGGGGCUCGGUGGUCAUCAAGAAACCGAUGUGUACAUCAGCACGCUCCCAGAGGAGGAGAAAAAGCGGGCCCUGGACGAGUUGCGGGAGGACGACAAUGUGAGGGAACAAUCGCUGCAGCAAAUGCGGGAGUGGAUCAACAAGCAUCCGAAUAUAAAAAAGUGCCGAACAGAUGCCCCGUUUCUCUUGCGCUUUCUUCGCACAAAGAAAUUCAGCGUUCCACAGGCUUGCGAAAUGCUGGAACGAUAUCUGACCAUCAGGCAGCUGUACCCACAGUGGUUCCGAAACUUAGACUCCGAAGACAAAGACUUGGCCGAGAUCAUUGAGGCCGGGUACUUGGUGCCGCUCUUGGAUAGAGAAGACGGAAGAUUGGUUUUGUUUAGUUGCGCUGGAAAAUUCGAUCCUCACAAGUACACGUCGGCGCACAUGGUGCGGGUGCACAGUCUCGUCACUGAGGCGCUUAUGGACGAGGAGGUUAAUCAAAUCAAUGGCUACACGUAUAUUAACGAUGAGAGCGGCUUCCAGAUGGCCCACAUAUCCUUGUGGAGUUUGACUGAUGUCAGGAAUAUUCUCAGAUGCAUCCAGAACACUACCCCCAUGAGGCACAAGGCUAAUCACUUCUUGAACAUUUCAUCAAGCGCCAUCAGGCUGAUCGAAUUUGCCGUAUCCCUGUUGAACGAAAAGUUGAAGAAUAGAAUUUUUAUGUACAAGUCGGUUGAUGAACUCUACCAGAAAGUAAGCAAGAAAAUUCUGCCGAAGGAAUAUGGGGGUUCCGUGCCGAUGAGUGAGUUGGUCCAAAAGUUCAAGGUCCUAUUGAAAGACCGACGUGAAGCUAUUCUCGCUUUGGACGACAUGUACAUAGAGAUCGACGAAAAAACCUGCCCUCUGAUCUCUGAAAUGAAUGAAGAAUUAGGUAUUGGACUAGACGGAUCUUUCAAGCGGUUGACGGUGGAUUGAUGUUGGCGCUUCCGUAGAUCAUCAUUUCUAAUACCAAAUAAUAACCCUCCUGAACGUCUCUGAGUGUAGGCCAGCAUCACUAUGCUUGCUUCAUCAUUUUUAAUGUUAUACUGCUUGAUUUCCUGCUAGUGAAUAAUGUGAUAAGCAUAUAAUAUUUCGUACGUAGUUUGUUGCGUUUUGUUGUUUUAGUCUUAAUUUUAAAUGUUGCCCGGUGGAAAUUAGUUACCAAGUUUAUUGACACUGUUUCAGGCAGCCAAUGUUUAAUGGUUUAAGUGUUUUAUUUUAAUAUGCGUAUUUAUAGGACGGUUCUUAAAUAAAUAUCUGUUCAUACGUUA